AUAUUUGUCCUACGUAUAUAAACGUAGACAUACACAGCAAACCCAGAUCAUUGUAAAAGCUAGGCGAACGAAAUGGCGCCGAUAAAGGUGUACGGGUGGGCGAUGUCGCCAUGGAUGUCGCGGACCCUUGUGUGCCUGGAGGAGGCCAAUGCGGAUUACGAGAUUGUGCCCAUGAGCAGGAGCGCCGGCGACCACCGACUGCCGGAGUACCUCGCCAUAAACCCCUUCGGUGAGAUCCCAGCACUGGAGGAUGGUGAUCUGACGCUCUUUCAAUCGCGUGCCAUCUCAAGAUACAUUCUCCGCAAGUUCAAACCAGAGUUUUUGCGAGAAGGCAACCUCAGAGAAUCCGCAAUGGUGGACGCAUGGGUUGACGUGCAAGCCCACAAGCUCGAGCCCAUCUUACGUCCCAUCGUGUUUAACUGCAUCAUUAACCAGCUCGUCGGGAACGACCGCGACCAGGAUGUGGUCGAUGACAGCAUCGAGAAGCUGAAGAAGCUGCUGGAGGUGUACGAGGCGAGGUUGUCGAGCAGCAAGUAUCUGGCCGGGGAUUUUCUCAGCUUCGCGGAAUUCACCCAUUUCGCCUUCAUGCGAUACUUCAUGGUGACUGAGUACUACGCGGAUGUGGUUGACGCGUAUCCCCACUUCAAGGCAUGGUGGGAGGCGUUGUUGUCGAGGCCGUCGGUCAAGAAGGUCAUGGCCGGCAUGCCUCCAGAUUUUGGGGUAGGAAGUGGGAAGAUACCAUCAUAAGAGAAAAGACAAAAGAAACAUAACUUAUCUCUAUAUAUUUUGAAUACUUUGGUUCCAUACUUGGUCUACUCUACUCAAGACGCAGAACCGCCAACUAAUAUGUUUAAUGGCAUGUAACAACUUGGAGCAAGGUAAGAGAUCUUUUCAUCAGUCAUGGGUGGCGGUCUAACUUUUGGUUUGAUAUGCUUAGAGUUGUUUCGUUCUUGCAGUUCACGGAUCAGAUAGAGAAGAUAAAGAUCAACCCGUGAAAUAUAGCUAACGGAAAGCGCCUAUGCAUUAUGUCUAUUAUUAGACCAUCAUACAACUCGGCUGAAAACAUGUGUAACCAUCUCCAAAUAGUUGCCGCCAGAAACCUUAUGCUCUCGCUGAUCCAUGGGAAGCCAUGACCACAAAUGAAUCAAGUGCGUGGCCUUGUAGAUAACGCUCGAAAAACGAGCAACACUAGUCUUGUCAAAAAAAAAUCUGCAAAUCCAGAUAGUCAGCAAAAGAGGCUGAAACGUGCACACGGAUUUAAGCUUUUUCUUUUAGCUUAUCCCGUUCAACUAGUCCCAAAAUAUAUUUGACAUUAAUAGAUGGGGGUAGAUUAGAAUUUAUAUGAACUACAUGCCAAACAAGAUGAGCAAAAAGACAUGAGAGGGACAAUAUUGUAUAGACUCUUUUUAGGGAUAAAUUUUGCUUGGUAUUUAUGUUGUGCGGUGGUGCUUACUAAAGAUAAUUUGGUCAAACGAAAUUGAGGUGCUAGCAAGAAAUGUGUUUUUUGUGAUCAAGAUGAGACCAGCCAACAUUUAUUUUUUCA